CCCGCCCGCCUCGCGCCCCGCCAUGGCGGAGCCUUCGCCAGCCCGACGUCCGGUGCCUCUCAUCGAGUCGGAGCUGUACUUCCUCAUCGCCCGCUACCUCUCGGCCGGCCCGUGUCGCCGAGCGGCGCAGGUGCUGGUGCAGGAGCUGGAGCAGUAUCAGCUGUUGCCGAAGAGGUUGGAUUGGGAGGGCAACGAGCACAGCAGGAGCUACGAGGAAUUGGUCUUGUCCAAUAAGCAUGUGGCUCCUGAUCACCUGUUACAAAUCUGCCAGCGCAUCGGCCCGAUGCUGGAUAAAGAAAUUCCACCCAGUAUUUCAAGAGUCACUUCUUUACUUGGUGCAGGAAGGCAGUCUUUGCUACGUACAGCAAAAGACUGCAGGCACACAGUGUGGAAGGGCUCUGCCUUUGCUGCUCUUCACAGAGGAAGACCGCCUGAAAUGCCUGUGAAUUAUGGCUCCCCACCAAGUCUUGUGGAGAUACAUCGAGGAAAACAGCUCACAGGGUGUUCUACUUUUAGCACAGCGUUCCCAGGAACUAUGUACCAGCACAUAAAGAUGCACAGGAGGAUUCUCGGACAUCUGUCUGCUGUGUACUGUGUAGCGUUUGAUAGGACAGGACAUAGAAUCUUUACAGGGUCAGAUGAUUGUUUGGUAAAGAUUUGGUCAACACAUAAUGGCCGCUUGUUGUCCACAUUAAGAGGCCAUUCUGCAGAAAUUUCAGACAUGGCCGUGAACUAUGAGAACACCCUGAUUGCGGCAGGCAGCUGUGAUAAGAUCAUCAGGGUGUGGUGCUUGAGGACCUGCGCCCCAGUUGCUGUGCUGCAGGGACACACGGGGUCAAUUACAUCUUUGCAGUUUAGCCCAAUGGCCAAAGGACCUCAAAGAUACAUGGUCUCCACUGGUGCUGAUGGGACUGUUUGCUUUUGGCAGUGGGAUUUAGAGUCCUUGAAAUUCAGUCCACGCCCCCUGAAGUUCACGGAAAAGCCAAGGCCUGGUGUUCAGAUGCUGUGUUCUUCAUUUAGUGUUGGUGGUAUGUUUUUAGCUACAGGUAGUACUGAUCAUGUAAUCAGAAUGUAUUUCUUGGGGUUUGAAGCACCUGAAAAAAUCGCCGAACUUGAGAGCCAUACUGAUAAAGUUGAUAGUAUCCAGUUUUGUAACAAUGGUGACCGGUUCUUAAGUGGAAGCAGAGAUGGAACAGCUCGGAUAUGGAGGUUUGAACAGUUGGAAUGGAGAAGCAUCCUACUGGAUAUGGCUACCAGAAUCUCAGGAGACAUAUCUUCUGAAGAAGAGAGGUUUAUGAAACCCAAAGUUACAAUGAUAGCUUGGAAUCAGGAUGAUAGUAUUGUUGUUACAGCUGUGAAUGACCAUGUCCUCAAAGUGUGGAAUUCUUACACUGGACAACUGCUUCAUAACUUACUGGGGCAUGCUGAUGAAGUAUUUGUUUUGGAGACACAUCCCUUUGAUUCCAGAAUUAUGUUGUCUGCAGGACAUGAUGGCAGCAUUUUUAUAUGGGAUAUUACAAAAGGCACCAAGAUGAAACAUUAUUUUAAUAUGAUCGAAGGGCAAGGACAUGGAGCCGUGUUUGACUGUAAGUUUUCACAGGAUGGACAACAUUUUGCCUGUACAGAUUCUCAUGGGCAUCUUCUGAUAUUUGGUUUUGGAUGCAGCAAACCAUAUGAGAAGAUUCCUGAUCAAAUGUUUUUCCAUACUGACUACCGACCACUGAUAAGAGAUUCCAAUAACUAUGUCUUAGAUGAGCAGACACAACAGGCACCUCAUCUUAUGCCCCCACCAUUCUUGGUAGAUGUAGAUGGAAACCCUCAUCCAACCAAGUACCAGAGAUUAGUACCAGGUCGAGAAAACUCAGCAGACGAACAUUUGGUUCCACAGCUAGGCUAUGUGGCCACAAGUGACGGGGAGGUGAUUGAACAGAUCAUAAGCCUGCAGACCAAUGACAGUGGUGAAGCAAGCCCUGAGUCCAGCAUUCUUGAUGGGAUGAUUCGACAGUUACAGCAGCAGCAAGACCAGAGGCUGGGACUGGAUCAGGAUGUGACUGCAAAUGGACUUUCCAAUGGGGAAGAAACACCCCGAAGAGGGAGUUUUAGAAGACUGAGUUUAGACAUGCAGUCUCCUCCAAACAUCGGUCUCCGCCGGAGUGGGCAGGUUGAGGGUGUUCGUCAGAUGCAUCAAAAUGCUCCCCGGAGUCAGAUUGCCACAGAGCGUGACCUGCAGGCUUGGAAGCGGAGAGUGGUUGUUCCUGAGGCACCACCAGGCAUGUUCAGGCGUUUGGAAGAUUUUCGCAUUGAGAGAGGCGAAGAGGAGAGAAAUCUGUAUGUAAUAGGGAGGAAAAAGAAGUCUUUCCAGCUUUCACAAAAGUCAGAUUCAGUGGUUUUGGUGCCCCAGUCUAGACAACGGACUUGUAGGCGUAAAUAUGCAAAUUAUGGUAGAAGAAAUGCUGGCCGGGGUGAAUUAUCCUCUGGCAAUGAAUCUUCAGGCUCAGUUAGACAUGAGACUUCCUGUGAUCAGAGUGAAGGUUCUUGUUCUUCAGAAGAUGAUGAAUGGAAAAGUGACAGAAGGAGUGAGAGUGACAGUGAGAGUUCAAGUGACUCUUCAUCUCGAUACUCUGACUGGACAGCUGACACAGGGAUCAACUUGCAGCCUCCUUUAAGGACGUCCUGUCGCCGUCGAGUAACCCGAUUCUGCAGUAGUUCAGAGGAUGACAUGUCUACGGAGAACAUAUCUCCUCCAAAAAGAAGGCGGAAAAGAAAGAAAGAAAGCAAGCCUAGAAGGGAGAGUUUGCGAAGGAUGACUCCAGCAGAGCUUGCAAAUAUAGAACAUUUGUAUGAGUUUCACCCUCCUGUUUGGAUAACUGACACUACACUUCGCAGGUCUCCUUUUGUUCCUCAGAUGGGUGAUGAGGUGAUCUACUUUCGUCAGGGUCAUGAAGCUUACAUUGAAGCUGUCAGAAGAAAUAACAUUUAUGAACUGAACCCUAAUAAGGAGCCAUGGAGAAAAAUGGAUCUCAGGGAUCAAGAAUUGGUCAAAAUAGUUGGAAUAAGAUAUGAGGUUGGACCACCUACACUCUGUUGCCUCAAACUAGCAUUUAUAGAUCCAGCAACUGGCAGACUUACAGAUAAAUCUUUCUCCAUUAGAUAUCAUGAUAUGCCAGAUGUUAUCGAUUUUCUUGUGUUGCGUCAAUUUUAUGAUGAAGCAAGACAGAGAAACUGGCAGCCUUGUGACAGAUUUCGAUCUAUUAUUGAUGAUGCUUGGUGGUUUGGAACUGUAUUGAGUCAAGAGCCAUAUCAGCCACAGUAUCCUGACAGCCAUUUCCAGUGUUAUGUUGUUAGGUGGGACAAUACUGAAACUGAAAAACUUAGCCCAUGGGACAUGGAGCCAAUUCCUGACAAUGUUGAUCCACCAGAAGAGUUGGGAGCAAGUAUCUCCGUCACUUCAGAUGAGCUAGAGAAAUUGCUCUACAAGCCACAAGAUGGUGAAUGGGGCCAGAAAUCAAGAGAUGAGGAGUGUGAACGUAUCAUCAGUGGCAUAGAUCAACUUUUAAACCUCGAUAUAGCUGCAGCUUUUGCAGGCCCGGUGGAUCUGUGUACAUAUCCAAAGUACUGCACAGUGGUGGCUUAUCCAACUGAUCUUUACACAAUUCGAAUGAGACUUGUCAAUCGAUUUUACAGGCGAUUGUCUGCACUGAUUUGGGAAGUCCGAUAUAUAGAGCAUAAUGCAAGAACAUUUAAUGAACCUGAAAGUGUAAUUGCAAGGUCAGCUAAAAAAAUAACCGACCAGCUUCUGAAAUUUAUUAAGAAUCAAGAGUGUACAAAUAUAUCAGAACUAUCUAACACAUCAGAAAAUGAUGAUCAGAAUGCCGAUGAUUUGGACGAUAGUGAUCUCCCUAAAACGUCUUCUGGAAGGAGAAGGGUCCACAAAUGGAACAAAAGGAGCAGCAGAGCCGCCAGCUGUGUUGAGAGUGAUUGGAGGAGGCAGUGCAAGGCCCUGCUUAUCCUGAUCUUCCAGUGUGAGGACUCUGAGCCCUUCAGACAGCCUGUGGACUUGGUUGAGUACCCAGAUUACCGAGAUAUUAUAGACACGCCAAUGGAUUUUGGAACAGUAAGGGAAACUCUAGAAGCUGGGAAUUAUGAUAGCCCUGUGGAAUUUUGCAAAGACAUCCGGUUGAUAUUUAGCAAUGCAAAGGCAUAUACACCCAACAAAAGAUCAAAGAUUUAUAGUAUGACCUUGAGACUGUCUGCUUUGUUUGAAGAAAAAAUGAAGAAAAUCUCUUUUGAUUUUAAAAUUGGUCAAAAAUUCAAGGAGAAACUUAGACGAAGCCAAAGAUUUAAGCAACGGCAAGGCUGUAAUGGAGUCGUUGGGGCUGACAGGAGUGCGAGAAAUAUCAAACAGAAGCAGUUCAAAUCUCAGACAAAAGUAAUUCCACAGCUGAUGUGUCCUCCUUCCCAGUCUACCUCAAGUAGGGCACCUUUGUCUGCAACCCGCAAGACAAGCACUGGUGUCUCUUCAGGCUUCACUUCUGGGGACUCUUCAGAUUCAGCAGAGUCAUUAGAAAGAAUGAGAAGAAAUAGACCUGAAAUGCUAAGGAAUGGUUCUGAGUUGUCUGAAAGUGAAAUGGAAGAUUUCAUAGCUACCUCUUCAUCCUCUUCAGCUUCAAAUAGUUCUGAGGAAAGCAAAGAGAGCUCCAGAGCUCCAGAGUGCUCCUUGCGAAGUGGCUUAUUGAGAAGCAGCAACCUCAGGGUGACCAGAACAAGAGCUGCUCAGAGAAAAGCUGGUUCUGUUUCUUUAGAAAAUGGAUGUGGCAGAAAAGCCACUCGGAAGAGAGUCUACUUAAGUGAUUCUGAUAACAAUUCUGUGGAAACGGAUGAAAAUCUGAAAGGCAAGGCUGGAAACAACCGGAAGGUCCUCCGGAAAUGUGCUGCUGUUGCUGCCAACAAGAUAAAGUUAAUGAGUGAUGCAGAAGAAGACUCAAGCUAUGAAAGCCCUUGCUCUGGCCGGAAGCUGCCACAUCGCAAUGCGUCAGCUGCAGCCAGGAAGAAGCUGCUCCACAAUUCUGAUGAUCAGAGCCUUAAGUCAGACACGGAAGAGCUAAAGGACCAGCCCCGAGCACUGGUGGUGUCUGGACCUCAUUCUGCCCAGGACAGUGUCAGUGACUCAGACAGUGACUUGCAAGUAGCCCGGAAGAAUUUCCAUACCAAUGGCUGCACUUCCCAUUCUCCAGCAACAUGCAAAACAAAGUUCCUUCCAAUAGAGUCUUCGGAGGAAGACUCCAGAUGUCACGAAUCAGAUGAUGGACGCAGCAGCACUGCUGCCCCUGCAACAUCUGGCCAGAACCUUGGGGCAGAGAGCGUCUCUGAGGAAGCUGACUCUGAACCAGGAAGCAGUACAUUAUGCAAGAAUGCACAUUUGUUUAAGAAAGCCAAGAUCCUGAGUGACUCAGAAGAUUAUGAAGAACAAGGUGGAGAGAGUAGCAGAGGUCACAAAGGGGAGGGAACCCCAGUUUCUGAAGCCUUGAAGAGUGAAGUUGUUCCUGUACCUCAGUGUCUCUUGGAGCGUGGAUCUGAGACUGAUGUGGAUUCUGAUGUCGGCACAGUGAAAGAUAAAUUGCACAGCGAUACGCACGAUUCUCUAUCUGGAGAGAAUGGACAAAGCAGAAAAGUUUCCAGGAAAAGGGUCUAUUCCAGUGACUCAGAAAGCAAUGUACAGGUGAUAAAGAAGUCACCCAAAGAACAAACCAGUCUCUUAAGGAUUACUCGAAGUGCUAGUGUGGCUGCUGAUAAAAUCAAGCUCACAAGUGAUGCAGAAAAUGUCACCUUAGAAAGUGUGUGUACUCGAAGCAGGAGGAGAAGGAAAAAGCCCAUCCGAUUUGCUUGUACCACAGCGAAGAAGAUGCUGACUGGUGAUGAGAAACGUGCACCCACUGCAGGCAAGCCGUCUGAUUCUGAACUCCAAGGUAGUACCAAAAAUGCCAGUCAGUCUGUAAGUGCAGACUUGGAUUCUGAAGGAGGUUCCAGUUUUGAGCAUACAGAAAGCAUACGGAACAGGCAUAUGGGCAGUGUGGGCAUAAACACGCCUCCUAAAACUCGAAGCUCCUCUGCUGGACCUUCUCAGGAAGAUCCCAAAAGCCACACCCCAGAUAGUGAGAUCAGCUUGUCUUCUGAGUCAGUUUUGGCCCAAAAAGCAACAACAGAGAAUAACUUUGAAGAAGACCUGAAUUACGGGUUACGAAGGUGGAAUGGCAGAAGACUCAGGACAUACGGAAAAGCCUCUUUCAGUAGGAGAGCCCAAGUGACUCACAGUCUACAGGCAUCAGCAGAGGUUGGGGUGAAGAGAAGAGCGCACCCUGAGUUAGACAGUGUGGAUAUGCCUGGACAAACAGAGAGUUCAGCGUGUAUGCCUGGCACCAGUCCCAAAUCAUCUGAUUUGGGAUCAGUAACUGAAUCCGAUAUUGACUGUACUGACAACACAAAAACCCAAAGGAAGAGAAAAAGGAAAGGAAAAGCAAAAGUGGUUAGAAAAGAGUCUGUUGGUAAAGACAGAGAACCCAAUACAAAAAUGGGGCCAUGUGUGCAUGAGAAGGCUGCAGUGCAGAGGCGUAGUGUCGCUCUGAAAGCACAAAUGGUCCCCGAGAGAGUCCCCCGCAGAUGUGCUGCUGUGGCUGCAAAUAAAAUAAAGAUAAUGAGUAACCUAAGAGGAACAGUCUCAGGACCAGAGAGUGUCUGGAUUAGGAGGAACAGCAGGAAACUGCCCCGUCGACAAGCUGCCGCCCUGGCUAAGAAAAAGUUACUGAGUGUUUAUAAAGAGGAUGAUGCAACCAGACAUUCAGAGAGCGAAAAGGAGCUAGAAGAUAGUAACAAAGUGUUUUAUCUUAGGCGGUUCAGAUCCUGCAAAGAAAAAGCCCAACCGUGACUGAGAUAGAAAGGGUACCCGGAAAUGCCAGCGCCUCCGGUGCCUGCAGCUGCAGUCCACUCCCAGCCCUAAGCCUUGCCCGCACCUUCUGAACAAUUUUCUAACAGUCACGACUCUGGGUCAAAGUGUGAUGAAGGCUUCCAGUCAGCCCUACACAGCCCAGCACAGCACAGGGUAUUACAGGGAGGUGGUAGAUGUGGACUGAGUAGUCAGAAGGCAGAAGGGCCCGCUUUCUGUGAAGUGUGAAGCAAAGGCUUGACAUGGCUUGAUUGUUUACAGAAAACAGGAAAUGUAUGGGAUAUGGGGGGGGGGGAACUGAAAAACUGUCCAAAUCUGAACUGGAUGCUAAUUUUAAGAGUUUACCCUCACAGUUUGAAAAUUAGGCCAUUUCGAAAGGAGGUGUCAAGUCUAUUUACUGAUUAACUGGAUCUAAUUCCUGUAAUGUCCGUCCCUGGGGACCAAACGCAGAAAGGACUGGGGGAAUCAAUGCUGGGAUGUUACUUCUGAAGAGGAGUGUUGGGAAGACAUUCAUGUCUUAUUUAUAACAUUGGAAUUCAUACUGAAUGAUAACCACCUGGUAUAAUUAAUUCAGGGAAUAUAUUUUUCUAAGAAAGCUCUGAAAGUGACUAUUACACUUUUUAUUUCUUCCAUGUGGCAGCAAAGAUGAGGAGGCUGGACUCCAAACAGUCAUCUCUUUAUGUGAUGCAGUUAAAUUCUAUUUCUUAAGUUUCUCUACUGCACCUUAAGAGUUAGAAAUUUGAGCCAGGUAACGGUUGCACAUGCCUUUAAACUCAGCUAUUGGAAGGCAGAGGCAGGCAGAUUUCUGUGAGUUUGAGAUUGGCCUGGUCUACAAAGCAAAUUUCAGUACAGUCUAGGCUGUUACACAGAGAAACUCUGUCUUGAAAAACCAAAAAAGUUAGAAAUUUAAACACUGCGAGUUCAUUACAGUUUCACCAACAAGACAGUGGUAGGAGGCUGGGUUCCAUUGUGGCCUUUGAUAGUGUUACAGAAUCUGGUCACUGAGCUACAAAUGCUUUGCCUACAGAGAGUGUGGACUUUAGUUUGUUGUUGACAUUAAGGUCACCAGAUGUGACUUGUGAAUGUACUGUCAAGUCUUUUUAACACAUAACUGGAGAAACUGGUCUCAGUUUGUUUUUCCAAUUAAAAAUAGCUGUAACCAUUAGACAUAAUUCGCAUGUGUAAAUCCAAAAGGGGGGGAGAUCUAGGAAUUUGUAUUUUUUCAUUAACAGUAAUACACAUUUUCUGGUUAUAUAUAUGGCCUAAGUGUCUCGAUUACCUGAGAAACUUGGUUGCAUGUCUGCUUAAAAAAAAAAACAAACGUAAGUCAGAGCAUUCUAACCUAUAGUGUGUGUCCUUUGUUCUUUUUGUAUCUUAAUUUGAAAUAAUCUUCAGUAUGUUGCUAUUAGCACAGGUGAGAAAGGGAAUUCCUAAUGAACUGCUAUUUUUAGGUGCUUGGGUUUGACUUUUUCUUUUUGAGCUUUAAUGAAAUGUUUAAAUGUCCAGUCACAAAUGUCAUUCAAAUUAUUAUUGGAUAUAUUAUAUCCUCGAGAAAUGCCAUGAGAUGAAAAUACUUCAGUCUUAUGAAGACAUGUGAAUUUUGAAUGUGGAUUGAAGGUUUAAAUUUACAUUUUGCUGUUGUUGGACUAAUUUCUGUCACCAUCUGAUCCUGUUCAGCUUUUCAUAAUGGAAUCUUUCUCUGGUUUAGCAUUUAAUUGGAACAUAUUUUUAUUUACCCUUUAAAGUGUUUGGUCUCUUUAUUGUGACUGCAUGGAGUAAGCUUUUUAAAAACUUAACGCUCUUGUAAAAUUGCUCUUGGAACUGUGUGCAGAAUUUAAAGCUUGGCCGAUGAGCCACCACUUCUGUUUGGCUUACAAUCAUGUUUCAGAUUUCUGCUAACAGUUUCUUCAUGAUGUGAUUGAGAAAUCAAAUUGAAUAUCUC